CCUACUCCUUAGUAUUAAUCUUUAUAAUUAUGCUAAAAGCAUUUAUUGUAGUAUAUGGACUGACUAAUGGAUAUAAAUAAUAAGCAUUUGUCAAAGCUCUGGCACUUAAUGGGCUUAUUCUAUACUAUUCUCUUUUCAGUUUUCUCCUGCUGUAAAUGAGGAGUUGAAGUUAGGGAAGUUAACAGGAAAACUGAGAGAUAACUUCACUAGGGAGUGCUGUGAUGCAAUUAAGCAGCACACAAUGUACCCAACCAAAGAGGAAAAGGAUAAAGUGGCAUUCAUGAUAAUUGAGGCAUACCCCUUCCUGGCUGAUUCACUUGGAGCAGGCAUUGGUUCUUGGUCAAUGGCAAUCCAUAAUAGGUUCAAAAACAUGAGAAGGAAACCACGGACUCCUGCUGUCAAGAACCAGGAGCAGCCAGCAAGGUCUAUACAAGAACCAAUGCUAAAAAAGCGCAAAGUGGAUGACAUUCCAGAGCUAGCUGAUGGGGAAACUGAAGAGACUUGCAAGGAACAUACAAAGCAUAUGAAAGCAGAGAUGGCAAAAUCAAAAAGAAAUGCAAGCGUUAUCAAAGAGUUGAUGCAGCUGACCUACCCAUACAGGCGCCAGCAGAUAAUCAAUGGAAUUGUCACAGAUGUGCUACAGGAAUAUCCUGCACUUAAACUUGUGUCAGAGGUAAGGACAGAAUUUGGGAGAAUUGUGGAAGACCCAAAAAUUGUCAAGAAAAUGGUUCAAAAUUUCGAAGUUGUUGAGAAAAAGAUCCUUCAGUUGGCAGAAAACAGCUCAAACAAGACUGUGAAGUCUUUGCUAAAUGAAAUGAAGAAUGCUGUGCUUGACGAGCCAAGUAAACAAGCAGACAUCGAAAGCACAAUUGCAGUGUUGCUGCUUCAGCAUCAUCUAAAGGACAAGAGUUGCAACAACCCACUUUUGAUGAUAUGCUCUGUAAGUAUAAUUGCUGUUACAAUUUAA